CUCGGCUGUCUCCGGCGCUGCGCUUUAAAUAGCAGCUGUUUAAAAGCUCCUCACCAUUCUCCCGUCUGCCGUGCAGCACACAGUCUCUCCCAGCGCCGCAGACCCCCUCCACUCAUUCACACAUUUCUUUAAAAAAAAUAAACCCCCUUCACAUCCCGCAAUGUCGGCCGCCAGCACCGAGACUAGUGCCCCGCUGCCCACUGCAGGCAGCCGCGUCUUCUUCCAAGCUGCGACCGGUGUAGGCUGCGUGGGGUCCGGCCCCAUCACCACCGGGGACGACCCGGUCCAGAAGAGACAGGGAAAGGUGACGGUCAAGUACGACAGGAAAGAGCUGCGGAAAAGACUCGUGCUGGAGGAGUGGAUCAUUGAGCAGCUCAGCGAGUUGUACGACUGUGAGGAGGAAGAGAUGCCAGAAGUAGAGAUAGACAUAGAUGACCUGCUGGAGGUCACCAGUGACGACGAGAGAGCCAGCAAACUGCAGGAAUCAUUAACAGACUGCUAUAAACCAACAGAGGACUUUGUCCGUGAGUUGCUGGGCAGGAUAAGGGGAAUGAGAAAACUCAGUGCACCAACCAAGAAGGGCCUAUAAUGGCUGUAACGUCAACCAUCGAUCAACCAUAAACUACGUCAUCUCAGCUCCAUCUACUUAAUCCCACUCCACAUGGACUGUCAUCACAAAGAAUAACUUAUCUAAACAUAACAGCAUCAGUAACUAUUCUGCAACCUGCAAACCUGCACCAUGAACUCCAUGCAUUUAGCACUAGUCAUUUAUUUCACGAUCACAUAGAAUAACAAGGUGUAUUAUAAUAUUUGACUGUUGAAAGGUACAAACAGAAACAGAGCCAACAUGGUUCAAUAGCAUACAGCCAGAAGCCCUGGAACAUGCCAGAACUGCAACAGUGCUUUAACAUUAACACCACUUAAUUCCACAUUUCAGAGCCAUGUCACGAGCUGAUGCUGUGAUCCCAACAGCCAUACAGACUAAGACAGCAACAAAUCUCAAAAAGGGAGUUGGUAAAAAAAAAAAAAUGUUUGUACUGCAGUAGUGUGAAAUUAGCUGUAGCACUAUGUAAACACAGUGCUUCAUGAUUUUGUUAUUUUUUACUGACGUGUUUUGCUGUUACUUCUUUUUUUUUAAGUACUGUAUGUUGCCAUUUAUUGUUCAUGUGAUUGAAAUGUGGUCUUCAACAGUUUUUUGUCCUAUUUCCAAAAGGCGACCUUCUUAUCUUUACUCCGUCAGUGCUUGUAAGGGAGCUCUGUAGAUUUAUUUUAAGCACAAGGUGUUAAAUACAUCAAUUCUGUCCUUUUGUGAUAUGUAAACUCUGGGAAGAGUGGGGGCAUUUUUAGCAAACAAGGCUAAAACAGCUUGAAGAUUUUUCGCUUUUUAAACCACUGUUCUCACCACAGCAAGGCAUGAUGGGUGUUGCAGUUCUCCGUAUGAGACUACAAAACCUGUAUGAUUGGCAGCCUUUCACUUAUCAUGUUAUGUAGUGUUGUUCAUUGCUCUCCCUCAUCAGAAUACAUAUCAGUUGGUCGUUUCGGCUUGAGCACAAAGCCCAAACAUUGUAGUUGUUUCUCACCUUCUGGUUCACUUAACUCCGCUAACUGCUAACUUGCCUCUCUAAUAGUGGUUGAUAUUGCCUUCAAGGAUAUUCAGGAUUAGUCCACCUUUUUCUCAGCACUGAACCUUCACUACUAACAACCUAAAGGCAAAUACGGUUCAGUCAGAACCUGAGGACAACUUGAAACUUUGAAGCAUAAACCUGUCAGGUCCUGUAAGGGGAGGUGUGCCAAAACCAGGAGUAUUACAUCCUAAAUGUUGCACGUCAUGGAGGCAUUAGUAUGACAUUAGUCAUGUUCAAUAGAAGUCAUGUUUGUUAAGUUUGUGAAGCAUCUUUUGGGUGGGUGGAGAAUUUCAAGAUGUUUCAAACUUUUCAGGUUGCAGAAAAUAAGUUGUAAUUGCGUAGGCCCAGGUUUAAAAGGUGGAUUUAGUUAUUUAUUGUUGUUAAUGACCUUUUUGUGCACCAACACACUCAAAAACCUGUAAGCUCUGGUACAAUCAUGACUCGUGUUACGGGGUUGGGCCCAGUUUCACUUCCGAGCAGUCAAUCGCGAAACCAACCGGAAUGGAGCAGACCUAAACCUGCCAUGUGAAAUAUUUACCCUCAGCUGCCAAAGACAAAAGCAGGGCAAUGUUUGAUUUUAAAAUAACACUUGCAAAGCACCCGUCUUGCAUGCUAACAGCAGAGAAAAAACACAGAUAAAGAGAAUAGAUAUUAUGAAUUAUAAUCAAGCAAAAAAAUACUUUUUUGACUUAGCUGCCAUGUCUGACUUUGUAGAACUUUUUGUGUUUGAAACAACGUGACUGUCACGUUGGAGAGAAUCCAGGAAAAUUUUAACAAUGGUGCUGUUUUUGAUGUUCUUCCCAGGUUUUGGUUGUACAAGAUGCAUUUUCACUGGCGAUUGACGCCAGUGAAAUGUGUCUGCAAGAAAUGUGUCUGUCUUUAUUGAUGGGGUGCAUACAGUCUAAAGUGGCGUCCUCUUCACAUUUCCUUCACUCGGUCUGAACUGGGCUGGAUGGGUGUCACCACACUCAGCUAGCAGUGGUCGAUUUAUUUGAAAAAGAUCAUGUGUUUUCCGGAUCAGUGAAUUGGAAGGAAAAGUUGAAGAGGAAGCCAUUAUAGGAAACUGAGAUGCAUCCAGGACUCAUGCCGAGGUACUCCAUAGGAUUUUCUCUGUCAAGAAACAGUUCAGGGGCAAUAGGCUGAUAUUUUAUAAUUUAUGGGAUUUCAUGUGGAGAGUAUUUUGAAAGUGUCCAUACUAGAAAGCUUUACGUUUGCAUGUAUUUUUAAAGUCGCAUGUUGAGGGGAACAUUUUGUUGGCCCAAAGGUUUUUAUUUCACAGAAUAAAACACUUUCCUUUUUAUACCUUUAUUAUUA